GCAGCCAACAUUGAAAUGCGGAUGAGCAAAAUGAGGGUGUUUUUGGUGUUUCUUUGUUUGUGGGCUGUUGUUGCAGAAGCAGAGAUUCUCAAAUACAAAGACCCCAAACAGCCUCUGAAUGCAAGAAUCAAAGACUUGAUGAGAAGAAUGACUCUUGAAGAGAAGAUUGGACAAAUGACACAAAUUGAAAGCAAAGUAGCCUCCCCUGAUGUGAUGAAGAACUAUUUCAUAGGGAGUGUGUUGAGUGGCCCAGGGAGUGUUCCUGUGGCUAAGGCCUCUGCUUCAGAUUGGGUGAAUAUGGUGAAUGGUUUUCAAAAGGGGGCUGUUUCGACCCGGCUUGGGAUACCGAUGAUUCAUGGGAUCGAUGCUGUUCAUGGCCACAGCAAUGUGUAUAAAGCCACCAUUUUCCCUCACAAUGUUGGCCUUGGUGUCACCAGGGAUCCACAACUGAUAAAGAGGAUUGGAGCUGCUACUGCACUAGAAGUUAGGGCCACGGGAAUUCGAUACACCUUCGCACCUUGCAUAGCUGUCUGCCGGGAUCCAAGAUGGGGACGUUGCUUCGAGAGCUACAGCGAGGAUCACAAGAUUGUUCAGUCCAUGACUGAGAUCAUCCCCGGUUUACAAGGCGAUCUCCCAGCUAACUCCAGGAAGGGCAUUCCAUUUGUUGCUGGAAAGACGAAAAUUGCGGCUUGUGCAAAGCAUUUUGUGGGAGAUGGUGGCACGACGAGGGGAAUAGACGAGAACAACACUGUCAUUGACUCGAAGGGACUGUUUGGCAUCCACAUGCCGGCCUACUAUGAUUCCAUCAGAAGAGGCGUUGCCACGGUGAUGAUCUCUUACUCGAGUUGGAAUGGCAUCAAGAUGCAUACGAACAAGUUUCUCAUCACCGGCUUCCUCAAAAAUCGCCUUAAAUUUCGGGGCUUUGUUAUAUCAGAUUGGGAGGGCAUCGACAGGAUCACGAGUCCACCCCACGCGAACUACACUUAUUCUGUUCAAGCCGGUGUUCUUGCCGGAAUCGACAUGGUUAUGGUACCUAAGAAUUACACAGAGUUUAUCAACACUCUAACUUUGCUCGUGAAGAGCAACGUGAUUCCCAUGAGCAGGAUCGAUGAUGCUGUCCGUAGAAUACUAAGGGUGAAGUUCGUAAUGGGCCUAUUUGAGGAUCCCCUAGCUGAUCUCUCCCUAGCAAAACACCUCGGAAGCCAGGAACAUAGGGAGCUGGCAAGGGAAGCUGUUAGAAAAUCACUUGUCCUGCUGAAGAAUGGCAAGGACCCGAAAAAGCCAUUUCUUCCCCUUCUGAAGAAAUCACGAAAAAUCCUAGUAGCCGGAACUCAUGCUGAUAACUUGGGAUUCCAAUGUGGAGGAUGGACUAUCGAGUGGCAGGGCUUUCGUGGCAACAACAUCACAGCCGGAACCACAAUCCUGGCCGCCAUUAAGAAGGCAGUAGACCCUUCCACACAGGUGGUGUUCUCCGAGAACCCCGGCUCGAGCUUCGUGAAGGGCGAGGAGUUCUCCCACGCCAUCGUCGUAGUGGGAGAGCUGCCCUACGCUGACAAGGCAGGGGACAGCACGAACCUGACCAUCGCGGAGCCUGGCCCGAGCACCAUCAGGAGCGUGUGCGGAUCGACGAAGUGUGUGGUGGUGGUGGUGUCCGGGCGCCCCGUCGUGAUGGAGCCGUACGUGAGGCGGAUAGACGCGCUGGUGGCGGCGUGGCUGCCCGGGACAGAAGGGGAAGGGGUGGCUGAUGUGUUGUUUGGGGAUUAUGGAUUCAGUGGGAAGCUUGCAAGGAGUUGGUUCAAAUCUGUGGAUCAGUUGCCUAUGAAUGUUGGAGAUGAGCAUUAUGAUCCUCUUUUUGCAUUUGGAUUUGGGCUCACUACUCAAUCUAGGCAUGUUUGAGAGAUCAAAAUGGCUCAGCCUGGAAACUAUCUACUACUAGUCUACUACUACCUAUAUAUAUAUUGGGGCUAUGUGAGUAUUUAUUUUUGACACCAUGCUAUAAAUCCAAUAAUUUAAAAUAA